UUGUUGAAAGUUUAGUAGUGUCACGGACCGCACAGCGCUGGGUAUUUGUGAAGAAUAUUCGCCAUGGCACUUAUUUUAAAAGGAGCCGUUAAAUUGUACUAUUACUUGAAUGAGGAAAUUGCAGAUAAGAGGACUCAAGAUUGGCCUUUGAUCAGCUCGCCCUGGCCAGGACUGGCUUUGUUAAUCCUCUAUUUGUUCGUUGUUUUGAAAUGGUUACCCAAUUACAUGAAGAAUAGGCCUGCAUUUGAUCUUCGCGGUGUGAUAGCAGUAUACAAUGCUUUUCAAAUCGUAUUUUGUGCCUAUGUCGUAUAUUAUAGUUUAACUUUGGGUUGGCUGAACCAUUACUCCCUUUUGUGCCAUCCGGUUGAUAAUGAAGCUCACAGCAUCGAGUAUGCUUGGAAAGUGUGUUUUGGAUACUUUGCUAUAAAGUUAAUUGAUCUUUUAGACACAGUAUUUUUCGUUUUGCGAAAGAAACAGAAUCAAGUGUCAUUCUUGCAUGUCUACCAUCACUUUGGCAUGGUAGCAGUGGCUUGGGGUAUGGUUAAAUGGGUUCCAGGCGGUCACAUAACAAUGUUGGUAACAGUAAACUCGUUCGUUCACAUAAUAAUGUAUGCAUACUAUCUCCUAACCACAUUGGACGAUUCCUUCAAGAAGUCAAUUUGGUGGAAGAAGUAUGUCACGCAAAUACAAAUUAUACAGUUUAGUUUAUUAUUAGCCCAUUUCAUGGCGCUAGCCGUGGCGUCGGAUUGUCCCUUUCCGCGCGUACCAGCCUACAUUCUCAUUCCGCAGAACCUUUUCAUGGUUAUAUUGUUCUGCGAUUUCUACUAUCGAGUUUAUAUCAAACCAAACAGGAUCACCAAGAGAGAAUAAUGUUCAAAUGUUCAGUUAUAAUUUAUAUGUAAAAGCCGACAUUAUACGUUUUUUACGCAGUUUUGCGCUCAAAUAAUCAUGAGCAUUGUGAUUAAUAAAAUAUUUCUUUGUUAUUUUUUUAUAUCACUUAAUGUUUAAUUUGAUGUUUGCCAAUGUUUUAAUUUAGCUUUGAAAUUCUGUUUUUUACUAACGACGCUUACCACAAGGUCCAAGAUUCAAAUUCCCGAUACAUUAAAAAACCAUUAACAGGAGAAGAGCUCAAGAAUUGAGGACG